AUUUGGCUGACCAUUAUAGUUUUCGAGAUUAUUCCAUGUGUUAUACUGAUACUCUGCUUUGGAUCAAUGAUAUUUCAUGUAUGCAGGCAUGAUCAGUCAGCACGCACCUUAGCAAAACAGUUACGUUUUAACCAUCAGGUGUCUUUUAAAACCCAUCACGAGAAGUCUGCAGUAAUAAUGAUGGGUCUUGUGAUAGGAGUGUUUCUUGUUUGCUAUGGGAUGUAUCUGCGUUGUGGUUUUCUAUUACUAUCCUCAUCGCCCUGCGAUGAUGAAAACUACAAAGUUCCUGUCUUGGUUUUAAACUCGGCCAUUAACCCGCUGGCUUAUGCCUGUUUUAAAAGAGACAUAAAGAAGGAGUUUAAAAGACUUGUUGGCGCUGUGUUUUAAAGAAAAUACAUCAGUUUUAACUAAACCCUACCACAGGUCGACGGGUGACUCAGUUUUGGAGGAUCAGGACUUAAAAGACGAUGAAAGGCUUGAGUAGAGACUGCCAGAUGGAUCUGUGACUCUUGGCUGAAAGCGAAUUGGAAUUUGUAAAGAAAAAAAAAUAAAAAACAGGCGUAUGGGGAGAAAAAAAAACAAGAACCUUUGGACCCUAAGAGAAUGUAAAAUAUUAGGGAAAGGACUUAGGAUCAAGUUCACACAGUGGUGGGAGGCGAAAGUUCUUAUCAGAUGGAACCUUUAAUAUCACAUCGUGAGAGUAUAAUUUUAUGUUCACAUCCUGCUAGCAGAGACUUGGUUUCCCUUUUUCCAUACAUUUUGGUGCACUGUUAAAAAAGAAAUAUUCUGCAUGAAUCGAGAAUCGAGUAAAAUCAUUUUUGAGCAUGUGAAUUAAGUAGUGGUUUAUUUAUCUUCCAAAUGCAAAUUAUUCCGAUCAAUUUAGCUUAGCCUAAAUGAAAUGUUUAAGAACGUUAGUACGAUCUGCAUCGACCAUACAGGUCUGAGUACCAGUUUAUUUCUCAUGACGAGAAAGGCCAUCGGUUUCUUUAGCAAACAAGUUUCCAAGCUGUUUCUUUGCUUUGAGUUUAACUUCUUGUAGCAUCUCAUAUAUAUGUAUUUUUUUCGACAGUCAUGCAAUUUUACCUACUCGCUUUUGAUUGGAUAGCGAAAACGAAAAAACUUCUUCUAAUAAAUUGCUGUCUAACUUUUGCCGUAAUUUGAAACACCUGUCGCAGUUUCUAAUAAAGAACUGUCGCAAAUAAGAAUACAAUGAUCUCGCAAUUAUUUAGUGAACCAAGUUAACAAUAAAUUGCAGUAAAGGGAUAACUCACGUGCCUGACUUUGUCCUGUUUGACUGACAGAUGUUUUAGCGCUAUUGCCACGUGACGGUCCACAUUUGCUCUAGCUCUUGCUAACUUAGGAAUACGUCAAUUUGAUAAAUGUGACCCUGCUUUUUACCCAAAAGCGUUAUUGCGAGCGACAAGAGGAGCCCGCAAUCCUAAUCUCCAGGUUUUUUUUUUUUUUUUUUUUUAUUUCUUACUUUUUAACUUUUUAAAUUUCUUACACUUACUUGUAACAAAAGAUAUGUAUUUUUAUCUCUUGAUGAAUAAAGACUUUAUUAUUAUUAUUAUUAUUAUUAGGUUGUUAUUACGCAUGCGUCGCAUGUAUAUGUAGCCAGCAUUAGUUUGGACCUCCAGUAAGAAUGAAGGGAAUGCACAGAACGCAAUUUGAUCACACGCGUCUCGACCUUCUGCCCCUCGUAAUCUGAUCACGCGUGUUUUAAUCAUAUGUAACGUGAAACGUACGCAAAGCACAGCGAUGGAGCAAAAGCGUUUUGACCUUCGAUUGUUGUCGCCCACACUCCCUAAGCUUUGGUUAUUACUAGUUACUAAUUAUUUCACAUGCGUCACAUGUAUGUAGCCAGCAUUCGUUUGGACUUCCACAAAGAAUGAAUCGAAUAUACAGAAGGCAAUUUGAUCACGCGUGUUUGGACCUUCUAUCACUCGUAAUCUGAUCACGCGUGUUUUGACUAUCUCUCACGUGAAACGCACGUAAAGCACACUUAAGCACAGUGAUGGUGAAAAAGCGUUUUAACCUUCGAUCGUUGCCGCCCGCACUCAGUAACCUUUAGUUAUUACUAGUUUGUAAUCUAUGGUUGAUAAGGACUUCCUUUAACCAGUCCGGGCCACAACCAGAUCUGGAUAUAUGAUGAGGUCACCCACAUUUGCAAAAUGGCGCCCACGCCGAGAAACAAGGGAAGGUCACUUCCAGGCUCUUAGCUGCGCCUAGAGGUGUCUUUUCCCCAUACUACUUUGAGAGCGGUGACUUUAGACGAUGCGAAAUCAGGGGUGUGAAGAAAAAAUGCCGUCCGAUGAACCUUUGUGCGUUCUUGGGAGGUAAAACGACCGAGCGCGAGAGUUUUUCAGCUCAAAGAAAUGCCGGACAAGGCACAAAACAUCUAAAAAAAGAAAGUGAGUUUCAAUUUUCUGAUCCUUGAAAAAAUUUUUUUUGAAAUCUACAUAAAAUUUGCUUGUUGAUGGUGGUCUUUUUGGUGUAGUGCAUAGCGAAUUCAAAUAGUGCUGUGCUUUGGAAGAUGCAACAGUCAGUUGCGCUGGUUUUCAUUGUAACGCCAUGUUUAUUUUAUGUUAUCUUGCAGUCGGAUGGAAAAGCAAAAGCAACUUGUUUUUGCGGCAAAAAGAUGCCGCCGGUUUGUUCGUGGAGAACCGUAACCAUGGUCUUGCCUGAUGAUCAAAAAGUGGCAAUAACAAAACAGUUCAAACACUGUUAAGCUUAUUCAAAAGCUAUUCAGCUGUUACCAAGAAAGGGAAUACGCGCUCCAGUCAGAAGACUCGCAUUUAUAGAAAAACACCAAGCUGGAAUCUACUGAGUCAUAAUGCAUUUCUCCAUAGUUGAUGCAGCUUCAGCUGAAGCUGCACUUAAUUCUUAUAAUUUUGUAUCUGUAAAUCACUAUCCGUGAUAAUUUAACAUCCUGCAAAGAAAACUCAUGAGCUGGGCCCAGCGUGAUACAACUUUGCAAAAAAAACAACCCGAUUUUUAUUCACAUUCACGGAGUAACAAAAAUCGCUUAGUUAUUCAGAUCCAGAAGGCACUUUGGAGAAAAUUAGAACCCUUAUUCAGCCGUAAUAAAAUGCUUUACGCUUCAAAAACUGAGGUCGCAGAAAAUGCUAUUGCAUUAGAAGGAAAAUCCUUCAGACCAGAUACAAAAACCACAGUAAAUCGAUAUGUGUGCCACUCUCAGUGUGAAACAAGUGGCUAAAAACACAAUUGCUCAGUGAAAAUGUGCAACCUUCCAGAUCAUAGUGUACCCAGCAGAGGAAAAAAACGUAAUUGGAACGAGCAGCGUUUUGGCAUGAGGUAAAAGUCGUGUAGGCCUACCACCCCACUUUAUUGCUAUUAGAGCACGAUAAAGUCCACCUCUGAACUGGUGAAUGGUAUUUUAUUAUUUUCAUCAAUAAUGGGUUUUGCAACACGAAAAGACAGACAUUGAUUAAUUACUGUUUACGACCCUUCGUUAGUGCAAUUUACAGAAAUUUUAUUUCUUUUUUUACCUUCGCAUAUUAAUCCAAAGUGUUUGACGAUUUAAAUAUUGAAAAUUAAUAUUCAGCACUCCUUCGAUCGCAAUUAGAUUUUAGCGCGUAUGGUAUUGCUCCCGAAGAAGCAUAAAACACACUACUCUAGGCCGAAGCGGUGCUUGCAAAAAGUACUCCAAACACGACUUCUUUAUACCUUUCCACUUAAAAGGUAUCAGUAUUUCAAGUAUUCAAAUUCCCUACUCUUCCCUUUCGAUCGGUGACGUCGAGUUGCUUCGGGUCUCUUGAUAUCAGAAGUCCAGGCGUUUUUGCAGAAACCUUCCUCGAUCAUUAUCAUCUUGAUAUUUGUAAAUCGAACGCUAAGACGCAUAAAAUCAUCUCGCUUAAUCGGUUUGAUAUUGCAUGCUGUUACUUUUCUUCAAGGAACAUCCCAGCCAUAGCGCUCUUUGCUUCGACAUUUCUGUCGACCUUAGUCCUUAGGCGGUCAAAUCAAUGUUUUGGUUGCCGUCUGGACCAAUCACACUGCAGGAAAUUAUAUAUCCAGAUCUGGUUGUGGCCCGGACUGUUAACUGUUAACACGAAUGGAGACCUGGUUUUGGAUUCUCUCCUGGUUUCUUUCAUUACUGACCAUCACUGGAAAUAAAUUGAAAAUCUUCCUCGGCUCAUUUGCAGCAGACGAAAUCUCCGCACCAAAACCGACGCGAUUAUUCUUUCCCUCGCCGUGGCAGAUUUCUGUGUUGUAGUUGAGCGGAACUCCUCCUCUAUUUUUCUGCGACAUUACGGCAAAAACACCUGCUACUGGCCUCAACAUUUGCUAUCUUGGGUGAAUUUUAUAAGGUGGCUGUUUAGUAACACUUCCCUUGGAAACUUAUACAAUUUACAACUAGAUCGUUUGAUUGCUAUCGUCUAUCCUCUAAAGUGCAUUUCUUAAUUUAUGACUCGUCGUCGAAUUGUCCUUUAGCUAUUUUCUUCUUUUGGACUAUAACAUUUGGUUUUGUGGUGUUUCAGUUUUCAUUUCGUUUUAGUUUAAAAACGAGUCUUGCCACUGCUCCUUUUAACUGGCUGUAUAUAAUUUCACUCGAGAUCUUCCCAUGUGCUCUGAUUAUAACCAGUUUUGUAUCAAUGAUUUUUCAUGUAGGCAAGCAUGAUCGGUCAGCACGCACCUAAUAGCAAAACAGUUACGUUUUAACCACCGGACCAUCGGGCGUCUUUUGAAACUCAUCGCGAGCGGUUUGCAGUAAUAAUGAUGGGUCUGGUGAUAAGAGUGUUUCUUGUUUGCUAUGAAAUGUACCUACGUUGUAGUUUUCUAACACUAUCCUCAUCAGCAUGUAACGAUGAAAACUAUAAAAUUCCUUUCUUGGUUUUAAGCAAAACAGUUACGUUUUAACCAUCAGAUGUCCUCUAAAUUCCACCACGAGAGGUCUGCAGUAAUAAUGAUGGGUCUUGUGAUAAGAGUGUUUCUUGUUCUCUAUGGAAUGUACCUGCGUUGUAGUUUUCUAACACUAUCCUCAUCACGAUAUAAUGAUGAAAACUAUAAAAUUCCUGUCUUGGUUUUAAACUCGGCCAUUAACCCGCUAGCCUCUCACGCAGGCGUUUUUAGGGGAGCUCGUAUUGCUUCCCUCCCAACAAACGCCUGCUCAACCCAGAACAACAUUCCUUUCCCAUUGUUACAUUUGCGUGGUAAGUGACCAAUCAACGGUUUUAAAAUAAAGUGUUGACAGGCUAAACAUGACUCAUAAGCUCGUGAUAGUGAAAAAACGUGACCCUAGAGUUACCGUUUUUCUUCUUUUCUUUCCUUCGCUAAGGUUAUGAAGUGCACGGAGAAUUCUAAAAUCUGACUGAGUAAAUCUUACUUUUGUCGCUCUGAGUCUAACAUUUAUUAGAGGUCAUCAAGGUUUCUCAAAGUCUAUUGCAGAUCGCGUAAUUAUCGGGUUACCCUGCGGUCAAGGUCAACUUUCCAGAAUUUGGAAAGUACAACGUGAUUGGCUAAGCGUGGGAAAGGAAUAUUGUUCUCUGUUGAGCAGGCGUUUGUGGGGAGGGAAGAAAUACGAGCUCCCCUAAAAAGGCCUGCGUGGGAGGCUAUUAACCCGCUGGCUUAUGCCUUUUUCAAAAGAGGCAGUCAUAAAGAAGAAGUUUUUAAAAAAAGCUUACCAAGUGAAGCCCUCGCACGUAUGUGUUUGACUCAUUUUCUACACUGUAGGUCAUAACAUUAAUUGAAGUGGAAUAAAGAGAGUGACAAGCUUAGAACUGGCCAAUAUGUGGCCCUUUUGGACUCCCGCUGAGUUGAAAUUUGGAAUCAUGAUAUUUAACCCUUUUUAAAGCCCCAAUAUCCACAUACAAAUUCUCCAAACUGAUCUCCAUACAUUUCCUUUAAGAAUUAGUUGGGAGAAUUUGAUAGCAGAUCAAAGCAUUUUCUCUUAAGUGAUCAUUACAUAAAUUCUCAUAACCUUAUCUCUUGACAAAGUAUGGAUAUUGUUGGGAGAAAAUUGAUGUUGGUCACCAUUGGGACUUAAAGGGUUAAGAAAGGAGCAAGACCCAUAAGACAGUACGCAAAAAUCCGAUUUCUGUCUUAGUGUAUUUAAAUCAAAUUGCCGCUGACUUCUCGUUAAAAGAAAGCAUGAGGUAUUUCUCCUUCUGCUCUCGAAACACAAAUAAAUAAACAACUCGGAAAUGGAAUAUAAAUGAUCUGCAAACAUGAUUAAGUUAAACAGGCUGUCUGUUAUAGCAACACGGCGUUGACGAUGGUGGAGAGACCAGGAAGCAGGUAACCUAACCACCUACCUUCCAACCGCUCUCACAGAGUAAGUAAGUAAGUGUAUCUGUCAUUCAGAAACGAUCGAAUUAGGGACGGACCAUUAGAAAACUUAUGGGGGGGGGGGGGGGGGGCGGGCGAAGUACAAAAAAAAUAUUCGCGCAAGGGAAAAUUAAAUGAAAAAAAUUCAUGCAAGCCAAUUAAUCCUAAAAAAUAUUCAUGCUAUGGCCUAAAAAAAAUUCAAACAAGGAAUUUGAUAACGAAAAAAAAUUCCUGCGGCUCAAAAAUUCCCCUUCCCCCCCAUAACGUUUCUAAUGGUCCGUCCCUUAGAUCCAAUGAUUGAUUAGUGAACCCAUAUGCUUUGAGCUUCUUGAUGACUAAAUUGUGACAUAGAGAGUCAAAGGCCUUACUCAUGUCUGUAGAUAGAAUGGUCACUAAUUCUUUACUGUCGAUAGCAUGUUUCCAGUCCUCUGUAAGUCUUGCUAGUGUCACAACUGUGAUUCUUUCUGUAUGCUGUCAAUCUUGGAGAUGUAGGGUCAAAAUAAUGGGUUAUUUGUUUGCUAAGCAGUGAUUCAAAAACGUUGUCAAUAAUCGAUAGCGUCGUGAUAGGUCGAUAAUUUUCUACAUUAUGCUUGUCCCCUUUCUUGAAAAUAGGAGUGAGUUCUCCCCUUUUCCAUAUAGCUGGCCAGUUACUAUUUUCAAUACAUCUGUUGUAAAGAUUCGUCACUGAUGGUGCGAUACCCUCUGCAACUUUCUUCACUAAUUUAGGCAUUAGUCCAGUGUCACUACAAGAUUUUCGAGGAUUGAGGUUUUCAAACAAAUCUUGUGUCUUUUGUAUUUAUAUGUUUGAAUUGAAGUGAAGAGUACUAUAGAUGGUUUCGAUCAUUUGAACACUACUGUGCUUGUUAAAUUCAUUUUCAGUUAAACUGAUCACAUGGUUGCCACCGAUAUCAGAUGCAAUAGUGGAGAAAUAGUCGGCGAGAGUCUCAGCAACUUGCCUUUGAUCUUCAAUAAUGCCAUCCUCAUGUUUGUUUUUAAGGAAUAUUGGAUUAGCAUCUUUUGUUUUGUUGUUCAGGAAAGGUUGAAAUGUAUCGAAAAAGUCAUGUGGUUUGGACUUCAUUUCUUCAGACUUUUUGUACCAGUAUGCAGUAAGAGCUUUCCUUCGUUCACGAGUAGCAAUAUUUCGUUAUUUCUUUUUAAGUUCAAAGUUUUCUGGUGUGCGGUCUUUUGCAAACUAAAUGGCAUAUUUCCUCUUGUUUCUAACUGCCGCUUUCCAUUCUUUAGACAUGAAACAUACAUCUCUUUCACAGAGUAGACCACCGUUCCUUCACAAUUUAUCAGGUCAGUUAUUUAAGGUUGAUUGAUUUUCCGUGCAAACGCUGGUAAAUUUUACGCACGUAAAUAAAAUACAGGCAAUGUAUGAAAGGCCACGCGUAACCGUGUUGAGCGAGGUUCAACUUUUACGUUUAUGCCUUGCCUUUCAUAUAGCCUAUACGUGGCAGUGGAAAUCCACCUUUAGUCUUAAAAUGUUGAACGUGGAUCACUCAAUUGUGAAUGGCAAUGCGAGACGCGACAUGCAAUGUUAACUGAGAAACUGCAGAACUGUAAUGGUUUCUUCACAACAGAUCUCUAUCCCCUUUUCUAAAAUUCCGACAAAGACAAAGAAUUUUCGUUCAAUUUUUGACAGCAACAUGAAGCAUUUAUAAACACCGACACGAGACGUUUUAAAAUUUCAGACGAGCGACAUGGGACCCCUCCCGGGCAGGGCCUCUUAAGUUUCCAUCUUCAUUUGUCUGUUCCUCGGUAAAUACAGCUGGGAAGAUUUAAGUCUUUAAUGUGAUGUUCAGUCCUUCAGAUAUUCUUCAAAUUGCACUGUUGUGAUCCGUGAAGCUUUAUUUUUGCUGUCCUUGCUAGUUUUUAGGCAGUACUAAGUACUAGCUUUUUCCUCUUCGCAAUGUGUAAAAAUUUCCGCCACUUUCUUAAGCACUAAAAAGCUCAUCCUAAUCUCCAGAGCAUCUUGUUUUUUGCAGCGCCUUAUUCUGCAGCAAGAAAUUUUUUGAAUGAAUAUCAAUAGGAAUUAACCUUGACCGAAUCAAAAAAAGGGAAGAUACAGCGGAACCCACCAAGAGGACAUGACAUAAUGUCCGUUAACUAAUGGAUUGUCCUUAAGCGGGCUGUCAGGAAAAAACGCCAGCUACUGUCACAUGUUGUAUCUAUAUAAAGACAUUUUAGCGAGAAAACGUUCGAUUAAAUUUCUUAACUGGAUCGAUCUUCAACAAGUUACCGAAAGUUACGUUCAUCCCAAAGAAAUCUCACGAUCAUUUGUCACAGCUCUUGACUUAGAAUAUAAUUACUAUUUUCGUUGUUUGAAAUGUAUUCCUUAUCAUUAAACUACUUAUAGGCAGUUAUAUUUCUUCUUGAUGCAAAUUGAUUGUUACGGCUCUGCACAAUACAAAUUAUCAUGACGUUCAUUAGAACCGUUAGUAAAAAUAAAAACGAUUAGUACCGCCGGGGGGGGGUGGUACUCCCUAUAAUGGCCUAUACGGGGGGGAGGAUCCACCCAAGAGGGGUACCUUUCCAGGCUUUAGUGGGUGAAUAUAUGAAAGGGCAGGGGUUUUAUUAGUUUAAGUAUAUGAAAAAACUAUGGAAGUCUGUCUUUUUGGUCUGCAAUAGAACCAAAAAAAGGACAAGCAGAUAUAUUUUGUGGAUGUGAAAGAGACAAGAAAACUUCCUAGUUCCGUGAUUGAUUUAUAUUCAAAAGAAGGUGCAAAUACAGCAAUUAAACGUCUAAACUAGGUAUAUGAGAGGAGUACUAUCUGUCAGUAGAAGGUAUACAAAAGGGGUAACUGGUAUAUAAAAGGGUAAGGGGGAUUGGACAUCGCGGCACAGCCUCGCUGUAUAAACUUCGUUGAGUGCCCUCCCCCCUCGGGAUAGUAAAAAAUAAAUGCCACCUGAUAUUUAUGCAAGGUGUUGUUUAUAAUCUCUAGUCAUUAACAACUUCCUUUAACAGUUAAGAUGGAGAUCUGGUUUUGGAUUCUUGGCUGGGUUCUUUCAUUUCUGGCUAUCGUUGGAAAUGGAUUUAUAAUCUUCCUCGUUUGCUGCAGACGAAAUCUCCGAACCAAAACCAACGCGUUUAUAGUUUCACUUGCCGUGGCGGAUUUCUGUGUUGGUUUAAGUGUUAUUCCUUCUCUGUUUUUAUGCGACUUUACAAACACCUGCCACUGGCCUCAACAUUGGCUGUCUUGGGUAAAUUUUGUAAGGUGGUUGUUUAGUUACACGUCUGUUGUAAACUUAUGCGUCUUAGUACUGGAUCGUUUUAUUGCCAUCGUCCAUCCUCUAAAAUACAUUACUUUUAUGACUCGCCGUCACAUCAUCCAAGUUAUUUUUUUCUCGUGGACUACAACAGCUGGUUUUGAGGUGCUUCAGUUUUCACUUCGUGUUAGUUUAAAAACGAGACUGGUUGAUGUUAUUUUUUGCUGGCUGGAUGUAAUUUUUCUCGAGUUUCUCCCAUCUACGCUGAUGGUAUUCAGUUUUGUUUCAAUAAUAGUUCGUGUACGCAAGCAUUAUGGGUCGGCACGCACUUUAUCGAAACAGCUACGAUAUAAUCAUCGCUGUGUGUCUCUUAAAACCUAUCACGGCGAGAAGUCUGCUGUAAUAAUGAUGGGUAUUGUGAUAGGAGUGUUUGUUAUUACCUACGGAAUGUAUUUGCACUGUAGUUUUCUAAUACUAUUCGACACUACUGGAAUGGUAUCAUGCAACGAUGUAAAAUACAAAUUUCCUGUCUUGGUUUUAAAUUCGGCAAUUAACCCCCUGGCUUAUGCUUUUUUCAAAAGAGAUGUAAAGAAAGAGUUUAGAAGACUUAUC